ACAAAAAAAGAAAAUCAUUUUCAAAAAAUAUAAUGAAGUUGACAAUUACAUUUGCAUCCAUCGCUUUGGCUAUUUCUUUAGGCUCUGCUGUCGAAGCUGCUUCUUGUAGCUCUCUCUACGGUCAAUGUGGUGGCAUUUCAUGGACUGGACCUACAUGUUGUGAAGCUGGCGCAAAGUGUCAAUCGAGUAACCCUUAUUAUUCACAAUGUGUUGCCGACACUAAUAACAAUAAUGUUAAAACCACUACAAAGGCCGCUACAAAAACCACUACAAAGACAACUACCAAAGCCACCACUACUACCGUAAAAAAGACAACCACUACUGUAAAAAAAACAACGACUGCUGCUCCCACGCCCAGCAGUGUCUCAAAAGUAGGCUAUUCUGUUAUCCCCGGUGGUAUCUCUGGAAAGAGUGAGACCACUCGUUAUUGGGAUUGCUGUAAACCCUCUUGUGGUUGGAACGGUAAAGCCCAUGUUACUUCACCUGUCAAAUCAUGUGCCAAAAAUGGUGUUACUGUUCUCGGAAACAACGUUCAAAGUGGUUGUGCCGCUGGCGGUGAGGCCUAUGUCUGUAACGACAAUCAACCUUGGGCAGUCAAUGACAAUCUUGCUUAUGGUUUCGCUGCUGCCAGUAUUGCUGGUUCAACUGAAGGUGGUUGGUGUUGUUCUUGUGUUGAAUUAACAUUUACCAGCGGACCUGUCACUGGUAAGAAAAUGGUUGUCCAAAUUACCAACACAGGUGAUGAUUUAGGUGAAGACGGUAAAAAGGAGAAUCACUUCGACUUAUUAAUGCCUGGCGGUGGCGUGGGCUUGUUCAACGGUUGUCAACCCCAAUGGAACGCGCCUAGCGAAGGUUGGGGUGUACGUUAUGGUGGUGUCUGGGCCGCCAACCAAUGCCAACAAUUACCUGCUGCUCUUCAACCUGGUUGUAACUGGCGUUAUGGAUGGUUCAAGGGUGCUGAUAACCCAAAUAUGACUUUCAAGGAAGUCACAUGUCCCGCAGAAAUUGUCGCUAGAUCUGGAUGUAGUAGACUUUAAUAAUUACACGACAUAUAAAGAUUAUUCCCAAACGUUUAUUAAAAGCAAAUUAUAUAUUACUAUCAAACAA